AUGUCGCGGGGAAGUCAUCUUACAAAAGAGGAACAAGCUCAAAUUAGAGCAUUCAAAAUCGCCGGAUGGUCUAAUAGAAUGAUUUCGUCAAAAUUGAAACGAUCUCUCAACUGUAUUAAUCAAUUUGUCAACAAUCCGGAUCACUAUGAGCGAAUGAAAAACUCUGGAGCUCCCAAAAAACUCACGGAGAGAGAUAAACGAGGGAUUGUUAGGUUGGCGUCGAACACAAUGAAAUCGUGUAAUGACAUCAAAAACGAACUGGGUUUGAAUAUCAGUAAGACUACAGUUUGGAGAGCCAUAGACCAAUCCCCAGAAAUCGUUCGAGCCAAAUUGGUGCCAGCUCCACGUCUCACACUUCGCCACAAAGACAACCGUCUUACUUUCGCGAAAGCCAACAUGGCCACAGAUUGGGAUAAGGUAAGUAAUUUUUCUAAAAACAUCAAAUAUUGAUGUUUUCCUGUUCAGAUAAUUUUUUCUGACGAAAAAAAGUUUAAUCUUGAUGGUCCGGAUGGUUACAACUCAUAUUGGCAUGACAUCAGAAAGGAACAGCUUCGCUUCCCAAAGAGAAAUUUUGGAGGAGGACGGGUUAUGUGUUGGGGCGCAUUUUCUGCAGCUGGAACGUUAAAAAUAGCUUUUGUUUCAUUCAAGAUGGAUUCGUUAGAUUACCAAAAAACCCUCCAUGACUAUCUUUUGCCAUAUUUGAGGCGGUUCCGGACCAGAAAGUUCACUUUUCAACAGGAUAAUGCUGCCAUCCACGUCAGCCAAUCAUCAAAAGAUUGGUUCAAAAGCCACAAAAUCAAAGUUUUGGAUUGGCCAGCGUGUUCUCCUGAUCUUAAUCCGAUGGAAAACGUAUGGGGGGAGCUCGUUCGCCGAGUUUAUGCUCAAGGAAAAAAUAUGAUACUGUGGACCAACUCAAAGAUGCCAUCGAGACGGAAUGGAAUAAAAUCGAUAAGAACUACCUCAAGAGACUUGUUGACUCGAUGCCUAAUCGUCUCUAUGAUGUCAUUUCUAAACAUGGAGGUCCAACUAAGUAUUGAUUUUCGAUUAUAUGUCUCCAAUGGGAAUUCUGGAUUAGGUGAACCUAUCGUUUUGAAACGCUAA